AUGGACUCCAACUACCGACGUGACCGUGGGCACGGUGGUGGUGGCGGUCACCACUACAACCAGAAGCGAAAACAGCCCGAAGACGAUUCCGGUAUCGCGACCAUAGUGGCUAAUCACUACAACAGCAUCAACAACAAGGACAUUUCCGAACGAGCAAAGAGCCGUAUUUAUCACAUGAGAAACUUUAACAACUGGAUCAAAAGCAUCAUUAUUCGAGACACCAUUGCUUAUCUGCGUGCAGAUCAUAAUUCCAAUAUGACUGAAGAGCAAAAGAAGGCCAUGCCAUUUGUUGUGCUUGAUCUAGGCUGUGGUAAAGGAGGUGAUCUGAUUAAAUUCCAGAAGAGUUCUAUUACACACUUGGUUUGCUGCGACAUUGCCAGCAUCUCUAUCGAGCACUGUAAAGACCGCUUCACAAGUAUGAACACCAAAAACUACACUGCAGAGUUUAUCAAUCUUGAUGCAACACGCAAUCGCAUUCGCGACAAGCUUACCGAUCCAGAUCGACUAAUUGACAUGACUAGUUGCCAGUUUUCCUUUCACUACUGCUUUGAGUCGUACGAACAGGCGCGCAUGAUGGUGCAGAAUGCUGCAGAAUCGCUGAAGAUAGGUGGCAUCUUCUGCGGCACUAUUCCUGAUUCUCUGGAAAUAAUGAAGCGUCUGAAGAAUUCAGGCACAAACACUUAUGGAAAUGACGUCUACUCGAUUUCGUUUCCCAAACCGUACGAGGAGCUGGUGAAGGAAGGCAUACCACUCUUUGGCGCCAAGUACGACUUUCACCUUGACGAAGUGGUCGACUGUCCCGAGUUUCUCGUCUACUUUCCCGUCUUUGUCGAGAUUUGUCGGAGCUUCGGACUUCAGCUCCUCUUGUGCAAACGUUUCGACGAGUUCUUCACUGAGAAUUACAAGACCGACAAGGAUAACUUUGCUCUGAUGAAUUACAUGGACGCCCUGGAAAAGUACCCACCAAAGGUGAACGAGAAAAUGAGUGGCACCGGCGGCGAUGACUACCGUCACGUUCGAGAAUUCUUAGCCCGCGAUGAAAGUUCAAAAAAAUCCACAACUUUUGGUACACUGUCCAAGUCCGAGUGGGAAGCUGUCACGCUGUACCUUGUCUUUUCCUUCAAAAAGGUGGCUAAUGGACCAAUUUAA